CUCAUUUGCGAUAGUCGCCCACAGUCGUUUUGAAUUCACGCACUGCUCUAAAGGUUUCGACGGAAUGUUGCUCAUCGCUGUAGUGUUUUCGGUGGUAGUAAUUAUCUUAGCUUUGGGCUUUCUAUAUCAUCGCAAUUUCAGUUACUGGACGCGUUUUAAGAGUGUCCCCAGUGGACCGGGUCGAAUAUUCAGUGGGAAUUUUUUCGAUUUCAUAACAUUUAAGACUAAUUUCGGUUAUCAUCUUAAAACGAUCUAUGAUGAUGAGAAAUUCGCCGCAGCUCCGGUAGUGGGUGUUUAUGGGCUGUACAAGCCAUGUUUGCUGAUACGAGAUUUGGAUCUGAUCAAAUCGGUGCUGAUCAAAGAUUUCGAGUAUUUUCGCGAUCGUUUUACCAAACUGGACUAUCUUCAUGACCCCUUGGGUGGGCAAAUGAUGUUCUUUGGCGACUAUCCGUUGUGGAAGGAAAUGCGCACCAAGCUGACGCCAACCUUCACCAGUGGGAAGCUGAAGAACAUGUAUCCCUUGAUCCAACAGGUCGGAGAAAAUAUGUCGAAAUUUUUGCAUUCCCAGCCAAUGGUUUUUCAAACUGAAUUAAGAGAUUUGUGUGCUCGAUUUACCACCGAUGUUAUAGCCACAACGGUGUUUGGUUUCAAAUCGAAUUCCCUGGAAAAUCCCUCCGAAGAUUUCCACAAGGAAGUGCGUCGGCUAACCUAUUUCACAUGGCACCGGGCAUUCGAUUUUAUUGUGGUCAUGUUUGCCCCCAAGUUGCAACGGCUUAUGGGCUGUAAGAUUCUCUAUCCCGAGACGGAACAGUUCCUUAGGGUGGCCAUAACCCAAGCUAUUGCAGAGAGGGAGACCUCCAGCAGUGGUGGUGAGAAACGCAAUGAUAUCAUUGAUAUUUUUGUGAAAUUGAAACAAGAAGCCGAGCAGAAGGGGGAGUGGGAGAUGGAUAAAUUCAUGGAAUGUCUCAUGGCCCAGGCCGGUAUUUUCAUGAUCGGAGGAUUUGAAACCUCAUCGACAACAAUGUCCAAUGCCCUGCUGGAAUUGGCCAAGCAACCGGAGUUACAAUCACAUUUAAGGGAGGAGAUUAAGGAGGCAUUUGCCGAAGGCAAGGGGGAGAUUUCAUAUGACGCCAUAAGCAAAAUGAACUACUUGGACAUGGUAAUCUAUGAAACCUUGAGAUUAUAUCCCGUAUUACCUUCGCUGGAAAGACGUUAUGCCACACCACCAGGGAAGCCGGCUUAUUCCUUGAAACCUUACUGUGAUUUUACCCUACCCGAGGGUAUGCCGAUUUAUAUAUCACCCUAUGCCCUGCAUUAUGAUGAGAAGUAUUGGCCAAAUCCCCGGAAAUUUGAUCCAGAACGCUUUUCAUUGGAGCAAAAAGCCAACAGACAUCCCAUGGCCCAUUUGCCGUUUGGUAAUGGUCCCCACAAUUGCAUUGGCACCCGUCUGGGCAUGAUACAAGUGAAAGCCGGUCUAUCGUAUAUUCUAAAAGAUCACUAUGUCCGGGUGUGUAAUCGCACGGAGAUCGAACCGAAAUUCGAAGCCAAGGCAAACGUUUUACAGGUUAAGGGAGGAGUGUAUUUGGAGAUUGUUAAGGAUGAGAAAUAAAUGAGGGUCUAUAAAUAGUGAAGUGAUUAUUGGAAU